AUGCAAUUGAAGUUGAGGUAAAAUGUAUCAAAUGGAUCCAUCCCGCUGCUAGAGCAGCGUGUUGUCGACAAUCGCAAAGUGUCGUUGGUGACGACUACGUCUGAACAAUCAGUGACCAAUUGCACCAGUGCACCAUAAUGAUGGGUUUUGUAUUCACCCUCCUCAUAUCGAUUGUUCUGAUGGCAAUCCUAGUCGAAGGAAACCCAACAGCUGAUUUCUACAAUUUGGAUGCUCACAACUUUAACUAUUUCAAAUAUCCCGCAAGACCUACGACGCGAUACGGACUGCGGCAGGUUGAUCCGGAUCCGUCAUUGGGUCAACGAGCGAAGGCUGUAUAUACAUACUUCAGGAAUUUGCUGCUGGGACAUCCGAUACAGCAGAAUACCUACAAUAUUAUGUUUGAUCCGGACCGAGCACUACGUCUGAGAGGUGCCUAUCAGCGGCAGUUUGGGGUUCGAGGCGAGAAUCUAAUCGCGCUAAUCGGGAAUGGGUACUCACCCAGUGAGUUACGAUAUUACGGAGCGGUCGGGCGCGAAUUUAAAGGAUUUUAGGAAUGAGAACAGUUAAAGUGAUGCUAGUGAAUAAUGAAGCUAUUAAGUUAUUUUUUUGCGAAAUCUGUGUGAGUGUAUUUGCUAAAGACAACAAUAAAAGUUAGUUCUUUCUUUUCCUUUCCAUAA